GCCGGGCCGGCUUCUGGACACAUGCGCACUGUCGCCGCUCCAGAGAUGGGUGGCUGUCGCGUCCUGGGCCAGGUCUGGGGUGGCUGGCGGCGGGGGCCGGGGGUCCGCGCAGCGUCCAGGGCCGCAGGCUCUGGCACCGAAGCCCGACAUCAGCUGCGACAUCGAGGAUCCAGCAAACGGUCGGGGCCCCUGGGGGACCAGCCAUUCCCAGGGCUGCUGCAGCUAGAGCACCUCAGUCGGGAGGGGCUGGUUGACGCGCUGAGGGCAGCCGUGGUGGACCAGAGAGGACCUCUUGUGACGCUGAAUAAGCCACCGGGUCUACCAGUGACAGGAAAACCAGGGGAGCUGACCUUGUUCUCUGUGCUGCCAGAGCUGAGCCAGUCCCUGGGGCUUAGGGAUCGGGAGCUCCAGAUUGUCCAAGCAUCUGGGAAAGAGACCUCUGGGCUUGUACUCCUCUCCAGCUGUCCUCAGACAGCAAGCCACCUCCAAAAGUUCUUCAUCUACUCACGGAGAGCCCGGAGACCCACAGCCACCUACUGGGCUAUCACCGAUGGGAUCCCAGCUACUUCUGAGGGGAAUAUCCAAGCAGCUCUGAAGUUGGAACACAUUGAUGGUGUUGAUCUAGUAAUUCCAGUGAAGUCUCCAUCCCGAAAGGACUUCCAAGAAGGUGUCAAGAGGACCCUCAGCCACUUCCAUGUGGUGGCCAUGGGCUCUGGCUGUGCCCUGGUCCAGCUGCAGCCACUGACUGUAUUCCCCAGUCAGCUCCAGGUACAUAUGGUACUACAGCUCUGCCCUGUGCUUGGGGAUCACACAUACUCCGCCCGUGUGGGCACUGUCCUGGGCCAGCGCUUUCUACUGCCAGCUGAGAGCACCAAGCCCCAAAGACAGGUCCUAGAUGAAGCCUUCCUCAGACGCCUCCGCCUGACCCCCUCCCAGGCUGCCCAGCUGCCUUUGCAUCUCCACCUGCAUUGUCUCCAUCUUCCAGGCAUGAGGCCCAGGGAGGCCCCCAUGAAGCUUCUGGCACCUCUGCCCCCUUAUUUCUCCAGGAACCUCCAGUGCCUGGGGCUGCGCCAGCAAUAGUCCUCCUUCUGUUCCUUCUGUUUCCACUGGAAAGCAGUGGGGAUGGGGCCUGAGGAGAAUGAGGGCAGUGCCCACCAUGCAGUAAGGCCUUGCUUGCAGAUCCUGGGCUCUGCAUUCGGACAAACUUAAGAUCAAAGCCUGGCUAGGCCACUUGGCCAUAUGGUGUUAGGCAAAUAACUUCACCUCUCUGGACAUGAGUUAACAGAAGUACCUACCUCAUAGUAUGGUUUUGAGGAUUUGCUGAGGAGGUAAAUGUUUAUCAGGGAGGCUGGUUUCUGCUGAGUUCAGUAUGUGGUCUUUUAUUUGGCUGUUUCUGUCUCAAUUCUAGCUGAGAGGAAAUGUUUGAUUUUUUUGUUGUUGCUGAACUGUAGUAAAAUACAACCUGUGUAUUUUCCAGGUUGCCCAUUUUGGGCAAAUUUCUAAGUGAACAGUUCAGUGGCAUUAAGUGCACGCACAUUAUUGUACAACUGUCACAUCACAACAUCUUGCAGAACUGAAACUCUGUCCCAGUAAACAGUGACUUCCCAUCCCCCUCCUCCCAGCCUCCAGUAGCCACCACUCUCCUUUGUCUCUAUGGAUCUGACUACUCUGGGGACUAGAUCUUUCACUUUAAGUUAUGAAAUCUAACAAACAGGGGAUCCCUGGGUAGCGCAGCGGUUUGGCGCCUGCCUUUGGCCCAGGGCGCGAUCCUGGAGACCCGGGAUCGAAUCCCACAUCGGGCUUCCUGUGCAUGGAGCCUGCUUCUCCCUCUGCCUGUGUCUCUGCCUCUCUCUCUCUCUGUGACUAUCAUAAAUAAAAAAAUAAAAAAAAAAAGAAAUCUAACAAACAUA